GGAGAAGAAAGAAGGAUACGUAGAGCCCGUGCGCUAGCAGCGGGGAUAGCAGAAGCAAACAGGGCAGCAAGAGAGUAGGCAACAGCAGCCAGAGCAGCUGUGAUGGCUAACGGCGCAAGCUCUGCUGCGUCAUCAUCUGCGUCCUCGUCAGGGACUAAUGGGAGCACGUUGGGAAUGCCAACGAGUUCCACAAGUUCCUCAGGCACUUCCGGUUCCACAGGUUCUAGACAGUCUUCUAGUCAAAUGGCAGGCUCACAGUUCAGCCCCAUGACCGCACGUGAGCGGGAGCUCAGAGAGAUCCAACAGGUCGAGAGGCUUUGCCAGCAGUUCGAGGAGGAUCUGAAGAAAGCAACCGAUAGAGAAAAAAAGAUAAAAAGUAGAGCAGCCAGACUUGAUACGUUAGAGGCUGACAAGUCUGCGUUAGAGGGAUUGGACGAAUCGAGUUUGUCUGACACCCUGAAAGUGUUGAGGGACAACAUGUUGUCACUACAUGCGCAUGUAGACUGCAGGAUGGACUUCAUGCAAAGCACUUUGGACCAGAUCCUGGAUGCAUUGACAAAGCCAGGGUUCCGGCCACCAGCACAAUCGCCGUUGCCGUUAACGGCGAUGUCAGGCCCCUUUGCCGUACAAGCUGGCACACAGCCAAGUGGUACGUCUGCAGCAGCCGCACAGACUGUUGCAUCUUCUUCUUCGGGUCCAGUGGUGAUUGCUGCGUCACCACAACAACCUGUUCAGCAAGCUGGACAGUCGCAAGGUCAAUGGUAUCCUAAGACCCCAAUGAAACCGCCUCUUGCCUUCUCAGGCGAGAGAAAGGAUGAGGAACUCAACACAUGGUUGAGAACAAUCCCGGUUUGGGUGAAGGCCAAAAGGACCUUGCCUGAGGACGAAGUGGUAACCGCGGCGUCUUAUCUAGAAGGUAAGGCAGCCAAGUGGCUAGAUGGUGUAGUUGUGAAGGCCGG